AUGUAUUUCCUCGCCGGCGUCACCACCUUCAUAUCCGCAGCGGCCGCCGCUGCGCUCCAAGUGAGGGAUGCCCCCCAGAACGUCAGGGUCAGGGGCGUGAGUCUUCUCGGGACCGGCUGCCCGCCUGGUACUGCCGAUGUCCAGGUGGAUGCCACGGGCAGCCUUUUCGAGGCCACCUUUUCCGCGUACGAGGUCGAGACCGGACCCGGCACGUUCCCUGCGGACUGGAGGAGGAACUGCAAGUUGACCAUCAACUUGCAAUUCGAUCCCGGAUUCCAGUUCUCCAUUGUAGAGACCGACAUGAUUGGGUUCGCCGAGAUUCCGGCCGGCUCCAACGGCCAGUGUAUCAACACCUUCUCCUUUACCGGCGGCGGCGCCCAGCACGUCGACUACCGAAUUUCCCUGCGCGGGCACUACAGCGGCAACUUUGAUCUCCGAUCCAGCCCUGGCAUCUUCUCGUGGUCGCCGUGCGGUGGUAGCACUGCCAUUCUCAACAUGAACACGGCCUGCAGCAUCAACCCGACUAAUCAGCAGGCUCUCAUUGCGGCAAGCCACACCCUCGCACAAACGUCCACCGGGGUUUUGCACUAA